AUGAAAGAAAAUCAUAUUGGCCAGACUGGGCAUACCUCACCUCAAGAUGCUUUUGAGGAUACUCAAUUUGAUUACUACAAGUCAAAUCCUCAAGAUACACACCCAAUGACAAAUGUGGAGUCUGCCGAAAAAUAUCGUGUUCUGGAAGAAAGAUGCAGUCUCUGCAGGUCUAAAGUUGAAAUUUCUCAGCACCUUUUCGUUAACUGUCCUUUUGCUAAAGAAAUAUGGCUCUGGUUCUACAAAGCAGUCAAGACCACUAGUCAUCCUUCAACUCUCGAGGAUUGGUGGACUGCUUGCAACAUUAAUAGAUCUAAACAAUUCUCCCUCGUUCUGAAAGUUACAAUCGUCUACAUUAAAUGGUUUAUUUGGGAAACUAGGAAUUGGGAAAGAUUCAUAACCAUCACACCAACUUACAAGACCACUAUUCAAAGAAUUAAAUCUCUUCUUCUUCUCACUGGCAACAACUCCAAAGCAACAACAUCAUCUUCCAUGGAUGAAUUCCAAAUAAUUAAAGCUUUUAACAUAAACAUAAAGCCUUCUAGAGCCCAAGAAUUACCGAAAUCAUUUGGCACCCUUGCCCUCUUGACUAGAUUAAGAGCAACUGCGAUGGUUAUUCGGCCUUCCUCUUACCUUGUAGAGUUUUCUGCAGUGCUAAAGGCUAUGGAGAUUGUUUGGGGAAAAGGGUGGCAAACAAAUUGGAUUGAGACAGAUUCCUUAAUUGUGGUUCAAGCUUUCAAGAAAACUUUCCUUGGUUCCGUGGCAAAUUAG